AUGAGAGGUGAGUUUAAUGGCCUUAAAACAAAGAUUUUGAGAGAACAACCUUGUGUAUUUUAUGUUUAUUACUUUGCUCAUAAACUUCAACUAGCUCUUGUUGCUGUAGUAAAGAAAAACAUUGAUGUCAACUCUUUUUUCACAACGGCUAAUAGUUUGGUUAAUGUUGUUGGAGCAUCUUGUAAGCGUCGGGAUGCACUUAGAGCACAAUACCAAGAAGAGCUUGUGAAGGCUUUUGAGAAUGAUUGUGUUAUAACAGGGAGAGGUUUAAAUCAAGAAACUAGUCUCAAACGUGCCAGCGAUACACGAUGGAACUCACAUUAUGGUACGUUGAUUAGUAUCAUUUCUAUGUUCUCAUCUGUGGUGAAUGUGCUUCAAAUGAUUGUUGAUGAUAAUCCUAAUGAUAGUUCAGGUGAAGCCUAUAAGUUAUGGAGAGAAAUACAAUCUUUUGAGUUUGUGUUUCACUUAUUUUUAAUAAAAGCUAUAUUGGGAAUAACAAGUACUUUGUCUCUGGCAUUGCAAAAGAAAGAUCAAGACAUUGUGAGUGCAAUGAUUUUAGUGAAAAACAUGCAAGGAAAACAUACAGUUGAUGAGGGAUAA